UUUUUUGUUUUUUUUUUGUUAAGAUUGAAAAUAAAAAACACAGCAAAACAAACACCUCAAAAACAAUACAAAACAAAACAAAACGUUUCGUUUUCUUAAGGAAUCAUCAAAUCACAAACCAAACCCACACUCUCUCCCCCAACACCAUACAGAAAACUUCACAACACAAACAGACACACUCUUCUCUCUCUCUCUCUGCACUAUUCGCAAAUAAACAAAUAAUUUUCGGCUUUUGAAUAUAUUCAAGAUUUCUUGUGAGGUACUGAAUAUGCAUGAAAAGAAUAUUUUUUGGAGGUGAAAGCUGUGAUUCAUUUACAUAGAUGAAGACAGCGAAAUUUUGGCGUCUAAACAUGGGCGAUAUGCAGAUCUUGCCUGGAUCUCGCAACCGUCCUACCAUGAUGAAGCCAAUGUGGAUUAUUCUCUUGGCUUCAUUUGUAAUCAUGUUCAUAACAUGUGCUUAUAUCUACCGGUCAAAAAACAGUACAGCUUGUAAUGUCUUCUCUUAUAGACGGUGUAAACCUAUGGCUAAUUGGCUUCCUCCUGUUUCUGCAAGGGAAUACACAGAUGAUGAGAUUGCUUCACAUGUUGUUUUUAGGGAUAUUUUGAACUCCCCAGUUGUUGUUCCGAAAAAUCCGAAAAUUGCCUUCAUGUUUUUGACUCCUGGUUCUCUACCAUUUGAAAAAUUGUGGGAUAACUUUUUCCAAGGUCAUGAAGGGAAGUUCUCUGUUUAUGUGCAUGCAUCUAAGACUAAACCAGUUCACCAGAGCCAUUAUUUUGUUAAACGAGAUAUACGCAGUGACCAGGUGGUAUGGGGUAAAAUGUCCAUGGUUGAUGCAGAGAGACGACUUCUGUCAAAUGCCCUACAAGAUCCUAAUAACCAGCACUUCAUUUUACUUUCUGAUAGCUGUGUGCCACUGUAUAAUUUUGACUAUAUUUUUGAUUAUCUGAUGUAUACAAAUAUCAGCUUUGUGGACUGUUUUAGGGAUCCUGGUCCUGUUGGCAAUGGCAGAUACUCAGAACACAUGUUACCUGAAGUUGAGAUUAAGGACUUUAGAAAGGGUGCUCAGUGGUUCUCCAUGAAGCGGAAGCAUGCUCUUAUUGUUAUGGCUGACCACCUAUAUUACUCAAAAUUUCAUGCUCACUGUGAGCCCGGCGUGGAUGGGAAGAAUUGCAUUCCAGAUGAGCAUUACUUACCGACCUUCUUCACGAUUGUCGAUCCGGGUGGAAUUGCAAACUGGUCAGUAACUCAUGUUGACUGGUCUGAGAGAAAAUGGCAUCCAAAAUCAUACAAGACUCAAGAUAUUACUUAUGAGCUUUUGAAGAAUAUUACGUCGAUUGAUGUAAGCGUGCACGUCACCAGUGACGAGGAGAAAGAAGUACAAAGAUGGCCUUGCUUAUGGAAUGGAAUUCAGAAGCCAUGCUACCUUUUUGCGAGGAAAUUCAGUCCGGAAACACUGGACAAUUUGUUGCAGCUUUUUUCCAACUAUUCAUCCCCUUGAGCCGGGAAACUUUUCUAUCGAUUCUUUGGUCGGAUCAGAUGUUGAUUUCGGCCGUCGUCUUGGUUUCUUCAUAUGGCACAAGAGUUGUAAAUUGUAGCAGUAUGUACUGGCAAUGCAGUUAUAGGGUGGUCUAUAGAAAGGUUUUGCUGAUUCAUAGUUUGGAUUAUUUUUCCCUCCUUCCAAUUUUGGUCUAUUAAAGUUUUUCAAUUGCAUAGCAUAUAGUUUUGAAGGGGAAGGAGGGAAUGGUACUCAUUUUCUGUUUGGUCUUUUUGUAAAACUUGCAAAGUGAUUAGUUGAAAAAUACAAAUGUUGGGUCCAGUUGUCAUAGAUAAAAAUAAAA